UUCCACUUCCGACUUGUACCAACUUGUACUUUCGAUCUUUGCUUCUUGAAAUGUAAUGUAUUUAAUAUCGCUUCUGACUCUGGUCGCUUCUGAUCGGUUUUAUCGUGCACAACGUGAUAUCAAUGGGCCAAGAUAAUUAAUUUCCUCUGAUUAACGUUAUUGAAAAUAUCAAGACAUGAAGGAGGAAUCAUUAACGGGUUGGCGAAUUAUAUGGUGGUUAUUCAAAUUAUUUGGAUUCCCAAUUACUAUCCCGUGGUUAAUAUAUCAUUUCUUUGAUAUUAUGCAACGGAAGAGGAGAAAGAGAAUGUUGAAUGAGAAAGUUGUAAUAAUUACUGGGGCCAGUUCUGGAUUAGGGGAAGCAUUAGCACAUGUUUUUUACUCCUGUGGCUGUAAAGUGAUCUUAAUUUCUAGAAGAAAAGAAGAACUGGAAAGAGUGAAAAAUUCUUUAUUGAAAACUCUCCAGACAGGGCCAACGCAUCCUCCUACAGUUUUAGCAUUGGAUAUAACUAACAUAAACUCUAUUCCAAGUGAAAUUGCAAAAAUAGUAGAUAUUUAUGGAAAAGUUGAUAUUCUAAUUAACAAUGCUGGUAUUUCUCACAGGGGUGAAGUUCUUGUUGAUAUAAAAAUAAUGAUUACAAACUAUUUUGCUCAAAUAGCUUUGGCCAAAGCUGUACUUCCAUACAUGAUACAACAGCAGUCAGGUUACAUAGUAUGCGUUAGUAGCAUACAAGGAAAAAUUGCAAUCCCAUACAGGUCUGCAUAUGCAGCUUCCAAACAUGCAUUACAAGCCUGGUGCGAUAGUUGUAGAGCAGAAUUAGCUGAGAAAAAUAUAAAAGUUAUAGUUGCUAGUCCUGGUUAUAUUAAAACUGCUAUGUCCUUGAAUGCUUUAACAGGAUCUGGACAAGUUUAUGGAGUAAUGGACAAAGCAACACAACAAGGGUAUUCACCAGAAUAUGUGGCAGAUUGUAUUUUAAAAGCAGUAUUAAAAGAAGAAAAGGACUUGGUAAUAAGUCCAUUUCUUCCGAAGGGUGCAAUGUAUUUACGAACGUUGUGGCCAUCACUUUACUUUUGGAUAAUGCAAAAACGAGCUAAAACGACAUUGAAAGAAGAAUGAUAUUCAUAAUUGUUUGAUAUUUGUUAUAUAAUAACAUUCUAUUUUCGUUUUUAUAUUUGUAUUGUUUUUUGUUGCUACUGCAUUGUCAAUAAAAUUAAAUGCAAUUUCUACUACUUUGUAUUCUAUAGAGAGUCCAAGAUAUUUUUAAAUUGGGAACAAUUUUAGGAAAUUUUUAAUAAACGAUGUUAUAUUCCAAA